AUGAAUCACUGCUUGUAUCCACCUGGAGUCAACUUUACCUCUGAUGCAGCCAGUCAAGAUCUUGUUGAAAAACAUCCAAUACAUCGUCAAUAUUUCAAUGAAGUAAUUGACGUUUCCAGGACAUAUGUUAUUUUAUCGGAAAAUUCAAGCCAGCAACAAUUACCACCAGCAAACAGUAAACCCAGAGAUCCAUCAAUAAAUUCAGGGCUUACUAAUAACCUGCCAGAAUAUCCAACUAUUGAUUUAUCAAACCACGUGAACAUUGGUCUUUUGGAUCAUGAUAACUGUGGAAAAUCAGAGGAAAAUUAUUUAUCUAGAAAAAAACGUCUUACUUCUGGCAAAGAGACAUUGAUUUAUGAAUUUCCAUGGAUGGUUUUAAUACAACGUGAAUAUAGAAAAACUGUUAUACAAUCAGGCCAUCAAAAUUUAUGUGGGGGUGCUUUAAUCAAUGAAAACUAUGUGUUAACAGCUGCUCAUUGUGUUGUUUCAAAACAAUAUACAUUGAAAGUCAACAUUGGUGAGCAUGAUUGGACAAAAUCUUGUGAUUAUAAUUGUUCAAUUGAAAAUAAAAUAUUUGAAAUUGAAAAAAUACGUGUUCAUCCAAAUUAUCAAUCAGAAAAUAUAUGUAUGUAUGAUAUUGCAUUGAUAAGACUAAAAGGAACAGUUAACAUGAAACAACCAAAUGUUAAACCAAUAUGUCUACCUCUAGAACCAGCCAAACAUUCUACUUAUGAUACAAAAUUUAUUGCAACUGGAUGGGGUGAAACUGAAGAUAGUCUGAGUUCUGUAUAUCUUCGAAAAGUUGUUCUACCAAUUGUCAACAACAAACGUUGCAGUUCAAUGCCAAAAUAUGAAAAUAUAACAUCAAGACAUAUUUGUGCUGGUGAUGGUAGAAAAAAAUCAAUUUGUCAUAUGGAUAGUGGUGGACCACUUCAAACUAUGAGUCAUUAUCAUAACAGCUUACGUUAUGUUCUUUAUGGAAUAGCUGUAUGUGCUCCACCUUGUGAUGACAGUAAUGGUAACAGGCCUUCUGUUUUCACAAAUGUCUCAUUUUACGUUAAAUGGAUUCUUGAUACGAUUACCAAAUAA